AUGUUCUCCAACUUCAGCUACCUGAACUUGUCCAUCUACGACAAGGAGUGGGCCGACCUGGUCGGCUACCUGCCAGAGGCCUGCGCUUUCAUCGACUCCGCGAUCGCGUCUGGCGGCCGCGUGCUGGUCCACUGCCAAGCGGGCGUCUCGCGCUCGCCCAGCGUGGUGGUGGCCUAUCUCAUGACCCGCCGCCAGAUGAGCCUCGCGGACGCGCUGGAGCUGACGCGCAAAAGGCGCUGGGGCGUGCUGCCAAACCCUGGCUUCCUCUGCCAGCUGCUGGAGUACGAGUCGCUGCAGCAUGACGUCACCGCCUGGCCCGGCUGGGGCGCGGGCCGCUGGCUCACCCACCCCCUCGCCCCGCGCGCCACGGAGAUGUACGACGGCCUCCUGGGGUGGCCGGCGGGCCGCGGGCCGUCGGCGCAGGGCGAUGGGGAGGAGGAGGCACGCCUGGACGAGGAGAUGGGCAGCGGGGAGGGCGCGGCGCUGGCGCCGGAGCUGCGGCAGGAGCUGGCGCAGCGGCCGUCGGCCGGGGGCAGGGGCUGGGGGCCGUUCGCGGCGGCGGCGGCGGCGGCCGCUGCCGUGGCGGGCGAGAGCAGCGGCGGGGAGGCAGGCACAAGCAGCAGCUUUGAAGGGAAGUUUUAA